AUGGUGAGGCCGUGGCGGGCGCUGCACCGUGCGCGGGGCUGGGCUGCUCUGGCGGGGCUGCAGGCGCGGCCGGAUAAGUUCGGGGGGGUGAGCGUGAACUUGGCGGAGUUGAGUCAGCCUCUCUGUUUGGAGCGGGCCAUCUUCGGGCGAUGGCUGCGCGACUUUGACGCAUUAAUCCAAUCCGUUGUGUGCGGUGCGGUUUACGACCAGAAGGAGCAACUGCGAGGGGCGUCUCAGGCGGCGGUGGCUUUCAGCCUCCGCUGCUCACUUUCUCUUGCAGGUGCUGUGGCCCAGUGGCGGGAGGAAGGCUGCACUGCUGUCUGGCUGCAUGUUCCCAUUUUCCAGAGUGGGUUUGCGGCAGCAGCCGCUUCACAAGGCUUUACUUUCCACCACGCUGAGCAGGGCUCAUCCACCUUGACCCUAUGGCUGGGAGAAGGGCCCAGCAGGCUGCCGGGGUACGCCACCCACCAGCUGGGAGUUGCAGGUGCUGUCCUACAUGAAAGCACUGGAAAGGUGUUGGUUGUACAAGACAGAAAUAAGACUACAGAUGCGUGGAAAUUUCCAGGAGGUCUGUCUAAUCCAGGCGAAGACAUUGGAGACACAGCAGUUCGAGAGGUGUUUGAGGAGACUGGCAUCAAGUCAGAGUUCAAGUCCAUCCUAAGCAUACGGCAGCAACAUGAAUAUCCUGGAGCCUUCGGAAAGUCGGAUAUGUACAUCAUCUGUCGCCUGGAGCCCUCCUCUUUCAACAUUAGCUUCUGCCAGCAGGAGUGUGUGAGGUGUGAGUGGAUGGACCUUGGUGAGCUUGCUCAGACAAAACUCGCUACUCCCAUCACCAGCAAUAUAGCUAAACUCUUACUGUACGGAUACCGGGAGGGCUUUGACAAGAUUGAUAUCACCAUGAGAGAGUUCCCUGCUGUCUCUACAGGCCUCUUCUACAAACUGUACCACAGGGAGCUGCCUGAGUCCUAUAGAAGCAUAAUGUGAUAGCAAUACAUUUCACAUUUCAUUACAGUAAUAAUUUAGGAGUACUAUUAUUAUUGUAGUGUUACAGAGAUCAUAUCAAAAUUAUCCAUGGAUUUCUUUUUAGGUAAUUAUUAGAAAGUAAUUGUUUAUUCUCUAUCAAGUUAUAGAAAUAUAAAUUAUUUUUAAAGGUAAA